AUGGGCUUCUUCGACCUUUGCAUACCCUACACCGACCACCCGCCGCCGGACCGCUCAACCCGCGCAAAGCUCGUGACCAAGGCCCUCGAGCUCGGCUACUCCGGCGUCGCCUACAACCGUACGAUCAAGGGCGUCAUGUCCGAUCGCGACCGUUGCUCCAUCCCCCUUCUUUCUCUCCCUUCUCUCCUCAAACUCUCUCCCCACCUCACCUCCUCCGUCGCCUUCCACCGCGACCUCCUCGCCGUCCCACGCGCCACCCCUUUCCGCCAGUACACGCGCCUCACCGUCUGCGCCGACACCCCUGCUCAAGCCCAGGCCCUCAACUCAGGCAACCCCAUUUUGAAGACCUACGACUUGGUGGCUGUCAAGCCCAUGAACCAGUCCGCUUUCGAUCAGGCCUGUGAGAAGUUGGAGGUAGAUAUAAUUGCCAUUGAUUUUUCGGAGAAGUUGCCGUUUCGAUUGAAGCAGCCUCUGGUUAAAGCUGCCAUUGAGCGGAAAGUGUAUUUUGAGAUCACAUACGCCGGGUUUAUUGCUGAUGUUCAAACAAGGAGGCAAAUUAUAACCAAUGCUAAGUUACUUGUAGAUUGGAGUCGAGGAAGGAAUAUAAUUAUCUCUAGUGCUGCCCCAACUGCAAAUGAAUUUAGAGGGCCCUAUGAUGUUGCAAACUUAAUGUCAUUGCUUGGUCUCUCUGUGGAACGAGCUAAAGCAGCUAUUUCAAGAAAUUGUAGGACUCUCUUAUCUAAUGCAGUGAGAAAAAAACACUAUCAUAAGGAAGCCAUUAGAGUUGAAGUACUACCAUCAAGUCAAGAAAUUGAUGGGAACAAAUCCUGGUCUAGUGAUUGGGAUCCCAUAUCCAGUGGCGAAGGUGAUUUGCUUUUAGAUGAUUUGGCAAAAGCUUUCAGUAAUUCCAGUACUAAAGCAACCAAAACGGUCAAAGCCAUUGAUUUUGCUUCGGUUAUUGACAGCACGCCAUCACUUGGAUUUCAAGUGAACGAUCUUAUAUCUGGAACUAAUGUGGUUGUGUCACAACCAUUGGCUACUCAGAAAAACAUCCUUUCUGCUCCCCAG